UCACACGACCCGCUCUACUGCGAAUACUCCUACCAACUCACAAAAAGCAAAAUGUCGGAAGCCUACGCCGGAAAGUCUGACCAGGACAUCAUUGCGGAGCAGGCCGCAUCGAUGGCCGACAAGGAGAACCCGCUGACCAAGUCGUCGUACAACCCGCGCAACACCGUCACGUCGGAGGAGUCCAACGUCAACGAGUCCGGCGUCGAGGGCUUCGCUGGCGCAGAGGUCAGCGUCGGCAGGACGGGACAGACUGGCGGCGGCACGAGCGCACAGAACAUCCCGCCAGAGGAGGGCGGACUGGACAGGAGCCAGGCGCAGGGCGAGUCCAGCGACCGCUUCGAGGGCACCGGGGGUGUUGAGGACAAGAGGCGGGAGGCCCUCGCCAACAACCCUGGCGGCUACGACACCAACCCCCGUGGAAUCGACGAGACCUACGACCGGUCCAAGCAGGAGUCGGUUCCCCUCACCACUGGCCAGGAACUCCAGCCGGGCCAGGGCCUCGACAUUGACCAGGCUCAAAACUAAAUCACCUGCCUCCGUCACUGUCCCUCCUCUAUAGAACUACAUCGACUGCAUGUAAAUAUCAACCAAAUAAAUGGAGGAGUGUCACAUCUAUAAGAGGCU